CCGGAGGCGGGCCGCGGGGUCAGGCGGCGCAUGCGCCGAGCGCGGCCGAGAGGCGGUGGUUGCCCUGGCAUCGCCGCUGAGGGGAGGCGAGAAGCGGCUUCGAGUCCAGCCCGAGAGGCGGCCUGAGGAGGAGGAGGAGGAGAAGAAGCCCCCUGUUGCGGCAGAGCCGGGGGCCGGUCCCCGCUCCGUGGGGAUGAAGGACCGCCUGGCCGAGCUAGCAGCAGCGAGUACACGAAAUGAAGACGGGGAAGCUUCGGUUGUCAUUGAAAAUGACCAUUAUAUGGAAGACUUCUUCCAACAGGUUGAGGAAGUCAGAAAGCACAUUACGAAAAUAUCAGACGUUCUGGAGGAAGUGAAGAAGAAGCACAGCAUUAUCCUUUCUGCCACAAAUCUUAAAGACAAAACAAAGGAUGAACUUGAAGAACUGAAUAAAGAAAUCAGGAAAACGGCAAACAUAGUUCGUGCUAAAUUGAAAGCCAUGGAACAGGGCUUAGCUCGGAACGAGAGUGCGAACAGAACUUCAGCGGAUUUCAGAAUACGGAAGACGCAGCAUUCAGUGUUGGCACGGAAGUUUGUGGAGGUCAUGACAGCGUACAACGGAACACAGACCCUCUUUCGAGAACGCACAAAAGAUCAGAUACGGCGGCAGUUAGAAAUCACUGGAAAGUCCACCACUGACGAGCAACUGGAAGAGAUGCUGGAGAGCGGCAACCUUUCUAUUUUCACUUCUGACAUUAUUCUGGACACCAAAAUUACCAGAGAAGCUCUAGACGAAAUUGAAUCGCGUCACAAAGACAUUAUAAAACUGGAAUCCAGUAUCCAGGAGCUGCACGAAAUGUUCAUGGACAUGGCGAUGCUCGUUGAGGUCCAGGGUGAAAUGGUCAACAGCAUCGAGAAGAACGUGCUGAAUGCAGUCGAUUAUGUUGAACACGCAAAAGAGGAGACCAAGAAAGCCGUCAAAUACCAAAGCAAAGCUCGCAGGAAAUUGAUGUUCAUAAUCAUUUGCAUCACUGUGUUGCUUAUAAUCCUUGGCAUUAUCCUAGCAGCGACCUUCUCGUAGCGAAGGCCUGUUCCAAGAGAAGAACACAAGUGAGGAAACCAACCAGCCUACCUGUGAAGAUGCCUUCACUUGCCACAGUCAGAUGUUCUUUCUGGAGAUCAGAUGACUGUUCGCUGUUCAGCCACUGACUGGGGGGGGGUGGGGGUGGGCAGAGGUGCCUCUAGAAAUGGGUCGUCUGCAGAUUGUACCUCGUGGACUUCAAGGCUGCUCUGAUUGUUUUUUUCCUGCACUAUUUUGGAGAUGAAUUCUGAUUUUUGUUUUGAUAGGCCAGUGUUAUCCAAGUGGAACGAGUUGUCCCCAAACGUUGAGUUUUGCCAUUCGCCUCCAUUUAACCGUUAAUUAAUCCAUGUAAUAAACAUAGCGAUUGAUCUUGUUUAAAAAAAAAAAAACGAAGCAGCCACGUUCUCUUUAACUUUAACACGCAUGGGGUUGGGGUCAGAAUUCAGAGGUGAGUUCCAUUCUAGCUUGACUGUCUUUGGCUUUCAGGUAAAUGUGACCGGGGAGAGGGGCAGGGUGAGAGGUGACGUUCUCUUUUGUCACCCGCUUUUAAAGAAAGCUGUCUGUUGAAGAAUGCGCAUCAUAUCUAUAACAAGUCAGCGUGCGCUUUUAAUUUAUGAGCAGCGUCGUAGUCUUUGGGUAGCCUUUCGGCAGCUGUAGAAGCGAGUGCCUUUUUUGCUCGGCAGCAACUGGCCAAAACUGUGCUUGAGGCUUGACUUAACAUUCCUUCGUUUAUCACGGAACACUGUUUUUAAGAGGAUCUGCUCCACCAUGAGGUUUACUGUGCUUUCACCCCCCGAUGUAUAUUCUCUAUCAGCUUUUUGCCCACUUUCAGAGUAAUGUCAUAACAGCAUGCAGAGGGCUCCGGUGUUUCAGAGAGGAAUGGAAGACGCUCUCCCUGUCUCUCUGAUCCAGAGAGCUCCGUGUGCCCUUCAGAUCUUGGAGCUCACACUUAAACAGGCUUCCCUGUUCUGUUUUAUGGAGGAUGAAACUCUGCACUUAUCCUCUUGUAUGUCUUAAACAGCCUCCAGCGUCAAAGUGAAUGGAUGAGCUUUGAUAGGUGUGGGAUUUGCCUCAAAUACUUUUGUAGCUCCCCAAAAGAGGUUUCUGUUUUUCUGCAAAACACACACACAAAGUCCUAUUCGUUUCAGUGGGGUUUUUGCUUGCAAUUGGUUUGGUGAACCUUCUUCCCGAUAUCUAAUAACGGAGAGAAAAAAAAUGCUUACAGCGAAAAUACGAUAAUGAUUAACGAGGCAAAGAUAAGAGCGCGGUUUGAUUUUUUGGGAUGCUUCUGAUCUGUGACGAAACUCAGCUCUGUCGAUUGGAUCUGAGCUGCAGCAUUGGCUUUAGUGGCAUGAGCCCCCUUUUCCUUUCCAUCCAGGACAGCAGCAGAAAUCAGGGUUUUGUUUCUUUGAAUUUCCAUUUGGUCUUUCAUGAAGGAGGGGGGAGGAUCAGGCGUUGGUCCUGAAUAAAACACUGAACUUGUUGGGGGAGAUUUCCGUUGCAAAUUUCCCUGGCAUGAAUGACGUGUCCGUAAAGGCUCAGCCCAAGUUAAGUCACCAUGAAGUUCCGUUGAAAGGAAGAGAACUUCACACGCUUGCUUUCUCUGGGUUGGGGCCCAAAGUUGUACAGCCGUUAGCGGCUUUUAAUUCAGAGGUAACCAAAACACGUGUUGCCGAAUGGCUUUUUUAUUUUGUAUUGUGUUAUUACUGUGUAAAAUAUCGAUAACUGUGUCUUUUGAUUUCCUAUGGUUUCAGAUAUAGUAAUGUAGAUAUGUAGAUAUUUAUGCCAGAAGUGACAUAAAUGACCACGGGUGCCUUUGAAAACACACACGCACACAAUACGUGGCCUUGAAAUAUUUAUUUCUGCAUUGUGAACAAAAAGAAUAAACUCACAGAUAUAUUUUCCUUGUAGGUAAUCUUUCUUAUCACUGCUAGUUUGACAGUUUACAUAUUUACAAUGUAUAUUCUUAAAUGUUCAUUAUGUAUAUAAUAAACCAAAUGAUAACAUUAA